UCCUUAAACAUCGUACAGCAUCACUGUCUACUAAGGACAAUCCGACGACCGCACAUCGAACGAACCGAGACGAAUCUUACAUUUCUCGCUCUCUUCACUCACCUGCCCUCCGACAGCUGUAUUUGGAGCGAUUCCGAAUCAGAAAGUUGCAAAAACACAGAGCGACGAUGGGUCGCAGCAUCGGGGAACUGUCAUGGAACGGGGACGACGGAGCGUCGCUCGGCGAAUCGUUGCUGUACGCGACCGUGUGCAUCGUCGGCCUCCCCGUCGACGUCCACGUCAGGAACGGCUCCGUCUAUUCUGGGAUCUUCCACACCGCUUCCGUCGAAGGUGUUAUUUUGAAGAAAGCAAGGAUGACUAAGAAGGGGAGAAGCAAUUCAAAUGUGGCAAGUGGAUGUAUGAUCGAAACGCUUGUGAUUCUUGUGGUAGAUCUUGUUCAGGUCAUUGCCAAGGGAGUACAGCUUCCAGCUGAUGGCAUUACUGGAACUAUAGCUGGGGAUGAAUCAGAAUCGGCGAUUGGAACUGCUUCGCAUGACGUUGCAAGAGCGGACAAUAGGUUUGGUACUAUUACCACAAGCAAGGGGAGACCCCAUCAAAGAAAGACUUCAAUUCCAUCUGGAAAUGGAUUGACUGAUGGAGAUACCUGUCCAACCCUCAAAGUCAGUUCGCAAAGACAAGCAGAAAAUGAGAAUGAGGGAAAAAGCAUGUCGAUCGAAGUAGUCGAAAAUGUAUCUGAAGAAGGAAUUGAGAAAAGGGGCAGGAAAAUCCACACUCUGGGAGGAGGAGUAUUUGAUGCCUCGGCAAAUGAAAGACAGGUUGAUGAAAAUCCACAAGUCAAACAGGAUGAUUUUAACAGGGAGUCUGAGUAUCAAGGGGAUGAUAAAGCUUCUGCUAUGCAAGGUUCAAGUCCAAGCUCGGAUGCUUGCCUUUCCCAAGUAAAACAUGUUGAUGGAACACAUUCAGAGUUGCCGCCACCAUUGCAACCUAGUGAAGCAUCCGAUGUUGCUGCUUCUGCAUCCGCGAAAUCAAAUAAUGAGACCUAUUGCAGUCUGGUUUCAUCAGAGAAUGCUGCUUCUUGCUGCGGAUUGGCUUCUACUCUAUCCUUAGUUGGUACCUCCGGCAGAAGCCUUAGUUCCAUGGUAUCUCCAACAGAGAAGUUUCAUUUACAAGGUCCAGAAUCAAACAAAAGGGCAAAGGAGUCUAAACUUAACCCUGGAGCAAAAAUCUUUUCUCCUGCUCUCACAAAACCUGUACCAGCAACUUCACCCUUGGUACAAACAGCCACAGGAAUGCCCUAUGUACCAAGCGCCUCACCUCUGUUGCCUGUUGCAACGGCUCAAGCAGAAGUGGGUACAAACACUUAUAUACCCCAGCCAUCUGUGCCUGCCAAGGUUUUACAGUACAAUAAUUUCACUGCUGAAAACGGCGACAUAGGUGCUAUUUCGCAGGCUUUUGCUGGAAAUAUGGGGAGCAGGGCACAGCUACUUAGAUAUGGUGGUCAGCAUCAUCCUCUUCCACUAGGUUCUACUUUUGUUCACCCUAAUCCUCAAGCUGUCAUGGUUGGACGAAUGGGUCAGCUUUUGUAUAUGCCUGUUUCCCAGGACCUUGUUCAGAGUGCAACUGCCAUCUCUCCAGCUUUUCCGCGCCCUUUGCCGGCCAUAAGUCAAGCCCAGUUUCCCAAGCACCAAGGGACUCUUCCUGGUCAACCGUUUGUGCAUCAACCUACAGUUGGUGGGCAGCAACUAUAUGCAGCUGCAAGCCCCCCGCCGCUUUUGCAAUCUCCCUUCCUCACUGAUCGGCCCAUUUCAGUCCCUAGAGCUAACGGGGUCUUUAACGCCAAGUUUUUGUGAAUGCAGUCAUUUUUCCUUGAGGUCAGCAUCGCAGAAAGAAAUUCUCUCCAUUUUUUCUUCGCUAUGGAAGAGUUUGAUUGGUCAUUUUCCUCUUGAUUAAUUUUUUUUUUGGGCUGCAUCCUAUAGGUUUUUUUUUUAUUUUUAAUAUAAGUUUGAAAGUGAGUGCACUCUUGGGGAAAUCGUUGUAAGACCUGGUCAAGGGAUUAUUAUUUGAUUAUACAAGGUUCUUUGUUUUAAUUGUGA